AUGGACCCGUUCCAGCUGCGGCUCAACUUUCUCUCGACGCUCAAGCGCCUCUCGGCGAGCCAGUCGUCGAUCCACGCCUCUCUCUCGUUCCUCACGCAGCACUGCCACGCCCCAGCGUCCGUCGACGACCUCUGGUCCUGCCUGAUGGACACGUGCGCCACCUCGAGCCUCAACACGCGCAUCAACCUCCUCUUUCUCAUCUCGUCGCUCUUCACCGACGACUCGCUCUCGACGCCCGCCGUGCGCGCCGCCUACACGCCCCUGCUCCACCGCGACGCAGACAGGCUCGUACACCUCAUGCUGCCGCCGGAUAGGUGGGAGGCCGUGCUCAACCUCGACGCAACGACGAGGGUGCUCGAGACGUGGAGGACAAAGAUGGUCCUCGACCCCAACGACGUCGACCGGCUCGUCGCGCUCGUCGAAUCUGUGCGCGCUCAGCUUUACCGCCUGCCCAAGGAGCAGAGGGGAAAGAGGCAAGGGUGGAGCGAACAGGAGGUAGUCAGGAGGGUCGAAGAGGACCGCGAGCGCCACAAGCGUCUGCGCGAAAACCUCUGGAUCCUCCCGCGCACCUCGACGUCCCAAUCCAUCCUGUUCGGAAUCGAGCCGCACCAAAUCAACCCGCUCUUCCUCGUCGACAGUAAGCCCAGCGCCGGCCCCACUGACGGUGACGGUGACGGUGACGGCGAUGGCGAUGCAAAGGUGGCGACAACAGCGUCGACGAUGCCGAGGACGGCGCACGACCUCGACUUCAGCCAGGCGUGGGAGCAGACGAGCGAGUGGAACUCGGACGACGACGACCUCAUCGCCGACGAGAAUGAAAAACUCGUCCUGCCCCCCGUUUCUGAUGCUUGGUGCUAG